AUGGUACUCUCACUCUCGAAGGUCCCUGCUACAUUCAUGUUACCCACUGACCAGCACUGCACACGGUUUCUCAUCUUCGACCCUGCUGGUAACCCCGUGGCCGAGCACCAAAUCGAAUUCGAGCAGUAUUAUCCGCACUCUGGUUGGCAUGAACACGACCCUGAGGAGCUUGUCUCAUCGGUCUGCACUUGCAUCGAUGAAGCGUGUGCCUCUUUCACUUCUCAGGGCUAUUCUCUCUCCGACAUAAAAGCCAUUGGAAUCACAAACCAACGUGAGACGACUGUGGUAUGGGAUGCCAAAACGGGAGAGCCACUUCACAACGCGAUUGUAUGGACAGAUACUCGGAGCGCACACAUUGUGCGCGAACUCAAACAGAAGAAGGGAGCAGACGAGCUCAUGGAUCUGUGUGGCUUGCCAUUGUCAACAUACCCCAGCUCCACGAAACUACUCUGGAUGCUGAACCACGUUGACAAGGUGAAGAAGGCGUACGAAGAGGGACGACUGGCUUUUGGAACGGUGGACACAUGGCUUGUGUACAAGUUGAACGGCGGUGCGGAAAAGAACGUGUAUGUGACAGAUGCCACGAAUGCCAGCAGAACCAUGUGGAUGAACAUCCAUAACCUGUCUUACGACGACAAACUGAUUUCCUUCUUCGACCUCGACGUCAAGACCCCGAAGCUACACUUACCGAAGAUCGUACCCUCGUCAGAUCCAGAGGCAUACGGCACGCUCGCGUCCACCAAGCUCAAGGGGGUCAAAAUCACAGGCUGCUUGGGCGAUCAGUCUGCGGCAUUGGUGGGACAAUGUGGCUUUUCCCCGGGCCGGGCAAAGAACACGUAUGGCACGGGGUGUUUUCUUUUGUACAACGUGGGCGAGAAGCCCGUCAUCUCCACACACGGCCUCCUCGCCACAGUUGCGUACGACUUCUCGCCUCAGGGCAUCAAGCCCGUAUACGCGCUCGAGGGAUCCAUCGCGGUGGCCGGCUCUUCGGUCAAAUUCCUCGUCAACAAGUUAGGAUUCGGCAGCGAGUCGUCCCAGAUCUCCGAGCUGGCGGGCACGGUCAAGGACAACGGCGGGUGCGUCUUCGUCACGGCCUUCUCGGGCCUCUUCGCACCAUAUUGGUACGACGACGUCAAGGGCACUAUAUUUGGCCUGACGGGAUACACGGAGAAGGGCCACAUCGCCCGAGCAACGCUGGAAGCGACGUGUUUCCAGACCAAGGCGAUCCUAGAUGCCAUGGAGAAGGACGCGGGCGUUCACCUGAAGGAGUUGGCUGUGGACGGGGGCAUGAGUAACAGUGAUUUGUGCAUGCAGACACAAUCCGACAUCAUCCAAAUCCCCGUGGACCGACCGCAGAUGCGGGAGACCACGGCCCUCGGCGCGGCCAUCGCGGCCGGCUUCGCCGUCAAGGUGUGGUCGUCGUUUGACGAGCUCAAGGAAAUCAACGCCGAGGGCCGGCAGUUUUUCGAGCCCGGCAUCUCGAAGCGCGCCAGCGACAGACUCUACAGGAAGUGGAGCAAGGCCGUCGAGAUGUGUCGCGGGUGGAUAGACGAGGAUGAGGAAGAGGAUGAGGGAGAGGAUGCUGGGAAGUCGUGA